ACAGUUUCAGUAGAUCCUUUACUCAUGUCAGUCGCCGCCGAAGCCGCGGCCUGCUUGGCAGAGAAGAAGGUGACAGAACUCCGAGCAGCCCUUCUGCUGAACCAAAGGCACAUACGAAAUUGCCAGCAGCAAUCUCGCAGAGAAGCUGCCUCGCUGCUCAAAGGCGGCCUUUCUUGCCACUCUGAGCGAAAAGUUUUGGCCGUCUAUGCUUUGUCAAACUGGGAUUUGAGUUUGGCUCUGCGAGCGGCACAGGCAUGCCUGCGGUCAGCUGACACAGUGGAUCCCAGCAUUUUGCGGGACAAGGCGAAAGAUGAGCUAUGCGGAUGCAUGUUUGUUCUGAUAACACCAAAGGUGUCGAAGUCCAGAUCUGCUGUUGCAAAAAGGCAGAUGCAACCGGAGAGCAGCAAGUGUACAGUUUCAGUAGAUCCUUUACUCAUGUCAGUAGCCGCCGAAGCCGUGGCCUGCUUGGCAGAGAAGAAGGUGACAGAACUCCGAGCAGCCCUUCUGCUGAACCAAAGGCACAUACGAAAUUGCCAGCAGCAAUCUCGCAGAGAAGCUGCCUCGCUGCUCAAAGGCGGCCUUUCUUGCCACUCUGAGCGAAAAGUUUUGGCCGUCUAUGCUUUGUCAAACUGGGAUUUGAGUUUGGCUCUGCGAGCGGCACAGCGGCUGUCCCGCGGUGAACCGCAGCAGCUUGAGUUUCUGUGGCAACUGGGUCAAGCUCCUCGAGAAUUUUUCGCCAGCAGACAAUGGGCCCACGCUUUCGAAAGCGUUGGGUGCGGGCGAGAUGUGACAAAGUUGCAUUCCGCCUUGCGAAAUUUCAUGCAGAAUCCAGUGUCCUUACCGCUUCCUGCCAAACCCACUCCGGCAGAGAUGGCUCUCAUUUGGCCUAAAAGGUAUAGCAAAACCUUCAGCCAGACAGUUUCAGUAGAUCCUUUACUCAUGUCAGUAGCCGCCGAAGCCGUGGCCUGCUUGGCAGAGAAGAAGGUGACAGAACUCCGAGCAGCCCUUCUGCUGAACCAAAGGCACAUACGAAAUUGCCAGCAGCAAUCUCGCAGAGAAGCUGCCUCGCUGCUCAAAGGCGGCCUUUCUUGCCACUCUGAGCGAAAAGUUUUGGCCGUCUAUGCUUUGUCAAACUGGGAUUUGAGUUUGGCUCUGCGAGCGGCACAGUUGAUGUCUUUUGCCAAAAGCAAAGGUUUUCAGCUUCUUUUUGUGCCAGCUUCCAGCACUGGCCUGCUACAGCCGCUAGACACCAGUGCUUUCAGUGCAUUCAAGCAUUGGAUAAAAAGAAAAAACCAGCAGCUGCGGCGCACCGCCCAAGGCGGUGAACCGCAGCAGCUUGAGUUUCUGUGGCAACUGAGUCAAGCUCCUCGAGAAUUUUUCGCCAGCAGACAAUGGGCCCACGCUUUCGAAAGCGUUGGGUGCGGGCGAGAUGUGACAAAGUUGCAUUCCGCCUUGCGAAAUUUCAUGCAGAAUCCAGUGUCCUUACCGCUUCCUGCCAAACCCACUCCGGCAGAGAUGGCUCUCAUUUGGCCUAAAAGGCGAAAGAUGAGCUAUGCGGAUGCAUCUGCCGCAGUGCCAGCUGGAGCUGCACCACUCACUCGUGGACAAGACCAGUUGCCAGCCCUACGCACAGCAAGGGCCGUGCUGAAGCAGCAGCUGAAAGAAUCGACCAAAGAGAUUCGCAAGGAGGCAGGUUACAGCAUUCAUGCUUCCGAAAAGGAUGCGGUUGUGCUGCAGCAGAAAUCGAUUGCACCACGCAAAUUGACACUCACCUCCCGGAGCCUCAUCCUUAUAUCAUCUCAGCACACAAUUUUCAGCAUAUUGCCGGAUGUGGCGGCAGCUCGGCUGCUGGCGGCUGUGGCGGCUGUGGCGCCUGCUGCUGGCUAUGGCGGCUGCUCGUGGAUGCAGCGGCUGUGGCGGCUGCUGCUGGCUGUGGCGGUUGCUCGUGGAUGCGGCGGCUGUGGUGGAUGCGGCAGCUUGGUGGAUGUGGGUUGCUAUGGCAGAGGUGCCUACAGCGACCUCGAGCUCUACACGCAGCGGCCCCUUGGCUUGCUUGUGGUGUUCGCCUGUCCCGCUCGAGGGUCGUAUCCUCUCUUAGAUUUGCCGCAGUCCCAAGUGGUCAUUUUAGAUGAUUGGAGACCUGACCAUGGAGCCUUGGAUGUCAGCAGUUUGUGGCCCACCGCAGACACUCGUGGGGGACAGAAAAAGGGCCUGAUUCGGCAGCAUGAGCCAGUGUUGUACUUGUGGUAUAGCAGAAGCUCCAUCAGCCAGACAGUUUCAGUAGAUCCUUUACUCAUGUCAGUGGCCGCCGAAGCCGUGGCCUGCUUGGCAGAGAAGAAGGUGACAGAACUCCGAGCAGCCCUUCUGCUGAACCAAAAGCACAUACGAAAUUGCCAGCAGCAAUCUCGCAGAGAAGCUGCCUCGCUGCUCAAAGGCGGCCUUUCUUGCCACUCUGAGCGAAAAGUUUUGGCCGUCUAUGCUUUGUCAAACUGGGAUUUGAGUUUGGCUCUGCGAGCGGCACAGGCAUGCCUGCGGUCAGCUGACACAGUGGAUCCCAGCAUUUUGCGGGACAAGGCGGUGAACCGCAGCAGCUUGAGUUUCUGUGGCAACUGGGUCAAGCUCCUCGAGAAUUUUUCGCCAGCAGACAAUGGGCCCACGCUUUCGAAAGCGUUGGGUGCGGCUGCCGCAGUGCCAGCUGGAGCUGCACCACUCACUCGUGGACAAGACCAGUUGCCAGCCCUACGCACAGCAAGGGCCGUGCUGAAGCAGCAGCUGAAAGAAUCGACCAAAGAGAUUCGCAAGGAGGCAGGUUACAGCAUUCAUGCUUCCGAAAAGGAUGCGGUUGUGCUGCAGCAGAAAUCGAUUGCACCACGCAAAUUGACACUCACCUCCCGGAGCCUCAUCCUUAUAUCAUCGCAGCACACAAUUUUCAGCAUAUUGCCGGAUGUGGCGGCAGCUCGGCUGCUGGCGGCUGUGGCGGCUGUGGCGGCUGUGGCGCCUGCUGCUGGCUAUGGCGGCUGCUCGUGGAUGCAGCGGCUGUGGCGGCUGCUGCUGGCUGUGGCGGUUGCUCGUGGAUGCGGCGGCUGUGGUGGAUGCGGCAGCUUGGUGGAUGUGGGUUGCUAUGGCAGAGGUGCCUACAGCGACCUCGAGCUCUACACGCAGCGGCCCCUUGGCUUGCUUGUGGUGUUCGCCUGUCCCGCUCGAGGGUCGUAUCCUCUCUUAGAUUUGCCGCAGUCCCAAGUGGUCAUUUUAGAUGAUUGGAGACCUGACCAUGGAGCCUUGGAUGUCAGCAGUUUGUGGCCCACCGCAGACACUCGUGGGGGACAGAAAAAGGGCCUGAUUCGGCAGCAUGAGCCAGUGUUGUACUUGUG